GUUUAUGUUGCCCUGUGAUUGGAUUGGAUUGCUGUUUUGAUGUGUGUGGGAACGAUGCACCGCACACUACAGUGUUCAUUUUGGCACCUGAUUUCCAUCUAGUUUUAGUCUUUUUUGGUCAUGUGAUUGAUGUUAGUCUUAGUCUAAAGUUACUAAAAAAAAAAAAAAGGUUUUUGUCCUGCAUUUUUAAUUUGUUGCCUGUCUUCUAACCAUUUUGAGGCCACCAUCUUUGUUUUGCAGUCACCAUGGUUACAGGUUGUUCUUGUCUAACACGAGGUUGUUGUAAAAGGUCAGUGUUGACUUGUUGAUGCCGACAUUAAUCCUUGAACUGAUUCAUUCCCUCUGAUACCAACAGGAAAUAGAGCCAACUGAAGAUAGACAGAUGAGAUUUUCCAGUCAACCUGCAGACAGAUGUGGAAGCAGCUGCUGCUCUCGUCGCAUGAAGAAGCUGGAUAGUUCAGCCUGGAGCCAGACGGCAGCAGCAUGCCACCUUAACCAGCACUGAGCGCUCCACCCUCGUCCAUCUCUCUACACUCCGGUAUCUCCACUUGGUGAAGAUGUAGUCUGUUUGAUCUCUAUGGAGAUGUUUCCAAACACAGUCUCCUCUGCCUUGUUGCCAUGGUCACUGUGGUUUCUGUUCAUCCUGACCCCCAUCACCCAGACAACAAGCUCUGCCCCCACACCUGAAACUUCUCUGCCGGUCAACACCACGCUGCUGUUCGACAGCGGCGCCCCGGGCUUCAACCUGCGGAACUGCAGCUGCUCUGCUCCUGUCCGGGACUGUGACGAGGCUCUGGCCAACUCGCUGUGCAGAUGCCGCACCGUUUUGCGCUCCGCUCUGCCCCCUGCUGGGCUCAGAGAGCCUGGACAACUCACCGUCUGGGUGAAGGAGCUCUGGGUCCUCGAGGAGCUGCUGAACAGCAGCACAAUUGGCCAUUUGCGGUUGUCUUUUUGUGGAAUAAAACCAGUGGACAGUCAGUACCUGUCUCUGCUAGGUCUGCAGACCCUCAGGAUCCACAGUGCAGCCCCAGAGGCGCCCUACCCCAACCAGGAAAUCACAAUCUCCCCCGCAGCAGGGGUUUCAGCGGAGCUAGAGGCCCUCUCCUCUGACUUCUCCUCCUCCCUCCACAUGACCUUUCUGGAUGUAGCAGUGCUGAACGGGCUUUCUUCCCUGAAGGCGUACAGUGUGGUGGGACCAUCAGCUCCCACCUUCUCACAGCAUUUCCCCCUCCUGGCUUUGCCCCUCACUCCGCCAACCUCUGACACUCGUGAUGACUCUGCGGACCUCAGUGAGCAGGCUGCAGAGCCUCUGCUGCUCAUCACGUUUGUCUACUAAGACGUUCUCAUACAUCUCUGAAGUAUAAGUGACAGCUGAUGCACAGGAAUUAUUUACAACACAGCUGGAUGUUUCUUGUUGGAAAGUUGCACAUCUGACAUAUUUACUGUGGAAUAUAUUAACUUGUUGCAUGACUGGCUGCUGUACUAUGACUCUGGCCUAAACGUGUUUUUGAAGAGAGGUUGACAUUUUUCUCUUCUUGAUGUGUUUUCUUCAGAGAGAUAACUUGUACAUGUGUGCUACACUCCUGCUGCUGUUUCUCCAUACCCUCAAGGAGUUGCCGAGGAAAUCCUGCACUCAUAACGCUAGACAGAUACGAGGUUUGGGAAUGUUUGCACCAGCAACAACUUCAAGUCUAACUAAAGCAUGUUUUUGAUAUCAUCCUGUAACAGAGGUAAUGUUGGUUUGUUACCUGGAGGGCUACAAUGACCCUGACCCUGAUGUCGAUGCUUUGCUGUUGUUCUGGAACUGCUGCACGUACAUUUAGGGCUUCAACACCAUGAGAGUGUGUUUACAUACAUAUAUACUGCAUCAUAUUCUUGUUAUGGCUAUUUACAGGAGAGGGUUUUGCAUGCACGUGCACAUUCUGAUUACAAAUGUUAGUUCCGCUUUGUUAUUGGGCAGCCAAGAAGUAACUCAUCGCUUUAUUAAUGGUUAAUAAAUUGUUUUCUAAUGAUUUAUAGAUCAGGUAGAAGCCAUUAAGACUAACCAGGCUGUGAAAAAUCUCUUUGGCAGGUUUUCUAUUUGGCAGUAAUUCCCUUUUAAAUGUUGGUACUCCAUUAAUUGGUAUCUCUAAUAAAUAAAGCAUUAGAACAUGAGUUAUUAAUGAUUAAUAAAGCCAUUACAGUGGUGCCUUAUCAGAAAAUGGUACCAUAGGCGACUUUUAAAAACCUAGCAACACAAAACUUGCACUUAUUAAUGGCUUUGACCUGAUCUAUAAAGAAUUAGUAAAGAAUUUAUUAACUAAAACUACAGCUGCAACGAUUAGCUAAUUAAUCGAUUAGUCAAUGGACAGAAAAUUAAUCGCUAACUAUUUUGAUAAU